AUUUAAAAGUGUGAGAUACCCCUUUACUUUUCUUAUAGUGUCAGAGAAUUUUUAAAAAUUUCCUGUUACCAUUAUGGCGUGCAACUUUCGUCUUUCGAACUUUGUGUUGCUGAUUUUCACUGCUGCUUUGGAAUCGGUGGCCCUGUAUUUCCUCAUCCGAAUUCUGUUCACACACUGUGUCAUGGGCGAGGAGUAUGGGAUAUCGGUGUGGUUGUACCUAUUCUUUCUGCCGGUCAUCACCCUUCAGAGUGUAGUUCUCGGACUCUUUCGGCUGUUCUGCGUCACUGUGGGCAUGGAUCCAAUUGCAAUGGUGUUCAAUUUGGUUAGCGGCUUGGUGUGCAUUGGGACUGCCCUGACCCUGCUGGUGGCCUCGGCGGCGCAUUGCGGCAACAAGUUCCGCUACAUGUUCUUCGUAUCCAGCUGCCUCGGCCUUAUAGCUGGUAUCCUGCACAUUAUAAACGCAUACGUGUGCAACUAUUUUAUGCCCAAAGACGAAUGGACAUACGCUAAGCCAUCAAAAAGGCGAAGAAUCAAAGAUUCAAUGUAUCGAAAUAAAUUUUCCACUUGAAGAAACUUGAUAGGUUUUUUAAGAGAUGUUCAUACCACUCUGCUCUAUGUUAAGUAGAGCCAAGAAUAGGAUAAGAAGUUUUCGAUGGACAGUAAAGGACCCUUGGUAAUCAAUAUUAUUUUUUGAGCUUUUGCACCUAAAUCAGUUUAAAUUCCAAAGAACUAAAUGAUCUUAAAAUUGUAUUAAACUCUAAAUUUGCCAAACACUUGUAUUUAAAAUAUACAACUACUCGAUUAUCUCCCCUCAAA